CGCUCAAUCAGUACGCAGGCGCAGAACACGUCGGGAGACCAAUUUAUGUGUGUGGGCGUGACCUUGAAAGCAGCUGAGAUAUCAAGGAAAAGCUUAUCUUGUUGACGGUGCCAGUGUCGCCUAUCGUUCGCUGGCAGGUGCAUGGUGCAUUGCUACCCACAGCUCGCACUCUGCUGACUGUAAACAGGAACUUUCAUUAUUAUUAUUAUAAUAAUAUGGCAUCAUUUAAUCCCACUGAUCACCAACAUUUACGCUGGAACCCUCUGAGAGGGGAAUGGGUGCUAGUAUCCCCACAUCGUAUGAAACGACCAUGGAGUGGACAGGUUGAAAAGACCUCGGAUGAAGAAAUACCAGAAUUUGAUCCUAAAAAUCCACUAUGUCCAGGGGUAAAAAGAUCAAACGGUGAAACCAAUCCUGUUUACGACUCAACAUUUGUUUUCCAAAAUGACUUCCCUGCUCUCCUUGAGGAUGUACCUUCUCCACCCAACACACAGGAUCCUCUAUUCCGAAUGCAGGAGGCUCGUGGAACUUGUCGUGUUAUGUGUUUUCAUCCAAAAUCUAACAUAACAGUACCCUUAAUGACAAGGGAUGAAAUUAGAAGUGUCAUUGACAGGUGGAUUGAGCAGCAAGAAGAACUUGGACAAAAAUUUGAAUGGGUUCAAAUUUUUGAAAACAAGGGCGCCAUUAUGGGCUGUUCAAAUCCUCACCCUCACUGUCAAAUUUGGGCUUCCUCAUAUAUCCCUAAUGAAGCCCAAGUGAAAAAUGAAACCCAACGUUCAUAUUUCCUUGAACAUGGAAGACCAUUGCUAAUGGAUUAUGUCAAGAAAGAAUGUGAAAAAAAGGAAAGGCUUGUUGUGGAAAAUGAGCACUGGGUUGUCGUUGUGCCAUACUGGGCAGUUUGGCCCUUUGAAACAAUGGUGAUCCCUAAAGUGCAUGUGUUAAGGUUUACUGACCUAAGCUCCGACCAACGUAAUUCUUUAGCUGAUAUCAUGAAGCGGAUUACUUCCAAAUACGACAACUUGUUCCAGACAAAUUUUCCAUAUUCAAUGGGUUGGCAUGGAGCUCCUACGGGAAAAUAUGCAAAGGAUGAUAUGAGUCAUUGGGUUUUCCAUGGAAUCUACUACCCACCACUUCUGCGUUCUGCUUCAGUUAAGAAAUUUAUGGUGGGGUAUGAGAUGUUGGCGCAAUGUCAAAGAGAUUUGACGGCUGAGCAAGCAGCAGAUCGUUUGCGCUUGCUACCAGAUACUCACUACAAGCAAAACUAGGCAUUGUGUCAUCUUUCCUAUGAAGGCAGUGAAAACUGACAAAGCGAUAAUUUUCAAACAAUGUAAAGUUGCUAUCUACGGAGUGGCAAACAAAGUUGGAAGUUUAAUGUAGCUUUAUUUUCAGACCAACAUGCUUUUCUUACAUAGGUAUACUCAUGAAUCAUUAUUUAUUCAUGAUUACACAUAUACUUUGAAUCCCUUGACUUGUGUGAUUACUAGAAAGAGCCCAGAUUGCAAAGACAGUAACACUGAGGAAAGUAAGUAAUUUACAAACAGAAGUAAUUAUUUCAUCAUAAGUGUAAAUUAACAAAGAAAUUUAAAAAUUGAGAAACUUCCCCAGCAUCCACAUACCUAGAAUAAUAUUGAAGAAAAUCCACAUAUUGAUGUAGAUAAAAUAGUCAAUUUCCUAGAUAUGACAUCAUUCUUCUGUAAUUUGUGCGUUUUAGUACAUAGAAUGGUACAUUUUUCAUGAAUUAAGAAGUCAAAUUACUCAUACAUAACAAGUGAGCUGUGAGUAAGAAUCAGUCUAAGAAAGUUUGCGGUAAAUUAAAUAAGGGAAGGAGGACAAAGGAGGCAACUUGGCAGUGAAGGAAAAUAAAUGCUAAACAAAGAAAGAAAAAUUACAAUCUGAUAAAACAAAACGCUGUGAAUUAGUAUUGUCAUGAACCUUUUUUCAAGGGGAGGUUGUUUUACAGAAGACUGGCCAAUGAGGUGCAUUUUCACUGGUCAUCUGUCUAAUUCGCCAAUGCAUUGGCAAAACCUAAGGGGUAAAAAUGAAGGUCCAGACAGAUAUAGUAAUGGCCAAUUUACAUGUUUUGAGUUUGAGAAAUGUUGUUCACAAGACCUUAUAAAAAUAUCCAUAUACAAUGUGAAGUACUCUUUUAAUCACUGACUCUAUCAAGAGACAAAUAUACAAUAUAUACUUUUGCCUGCUUAAACAUUUUAACACACACAAUAAUUUUAUUAUUAAGAAAACUAUUUUUAUCAGUUCCAUCAAAAAUAUGAACCACAAGCCUAGAAACUAAACUCUCAUCUUAUCAUUCACUAAUUUCAAUCAUAGAUAAAAAAAAAAAGAAAACAUAA